CUUCUGCCCCCGUGUCUCUAGUCUUCGAGCAUCCUUCGAUCUCAUUCCAAACCCUCGCACACGAGGACACUCUACAAAACCCACCACCGAGCGCCUCCGUAUCCAGAUAUCCGCGCUGUGAAGGGUAUAGGACAAAUCGUCCGAAUACAACACAAGCUGGGCUUACACCUAUACCUUUGACACCCUCCUUCAUACUUGAACCCGAAGCUUCGCAGCGCUUCAACAUGUCUUCGUCAAACGGAGACUCCGCGACGUCCGCCAGCCAGGAUCAGAACGCUCAGGAAAGCGUAUUCGAAAGGAUUAGGGAGUUCGUCGCCUCUCUUGGACUCUCCGCAAGCGAUGGGCUCAUUCGGCACGCUGGCGAGACCACGCACGAGGAUCUCAAGGUUGUCGUAGACCCUCAGGGUCACCAGUGCUCCAUCACCUGCACAGCCGAGUCUUACGGCACUCUCACACCGGCCGUCUCCAUCCGUUCGGCACCCGAACGCCUGCAGUCACUUACCCCUCCGUCAAACUACGGCACAGUUCUCCCAGGAUGCGUCUAUCGUAGCAGCUAUCCAAAGGAGGAGAACUACGAAUACCUCAAGCAAGUCGGAAUCAAGACCAUCCUAACCCUGGUUCCGGAGCCACUCUCGCCCGAGUACCAAGACUUCAUGAAGGAGGCUGGUAUACAGCACUUCCACGUUCACGUCAAGGCCAACAAAGGCGAAGUUCGCGUCGAAUCGUGCGAAAUGUCACGAGCCCUGCGCCUUAUCAUGGACCGUACCAACCACCCGAUCCUCGUCCACUGCAACAAGGGCAAGCACCGCACAGGAUGCACUAUCGCCUGCUUCCGGAGGAUCCUCGGUGUCGACCCAGAGACGGUUCGCGAGGAAUACCACACCUACGCCGGCGCAAAAGCUCGCUUCCUCGAUGAAGUCUUCUUCGAGAAUUUUGACCUCAACUUGGUCAUGUGGAUUGCUCGCCAGGAGGGUUGGGUUGCGCCUGCAAUCGAGAUUGCACCACCCACACCCCCGGCUUCAGUCAGCUCAAGCGCCAGCGCAAAGGCAGUCGCUUUGGCUUGAUAUUUUUCCUUGGGUCAUAUUACAUUCUCCGGCGUUUGAAAAGGAGCAUUUGGGCUUGCCGGAUUAUUUGCCGGCUCAGUUGAGGUUUCAGCGCGGCGUUCCAGGCUCAAGAAGCAUAUCAUUAACAAUGGGCAUUGGGAUUAUGGCGUUGAACUCAAAAUAUUCUUAAUUGGGGCCUAGAAGAAGGCU